AUGGCUAUGCAUGACAUGAAUGAGGAUGAAUUGUUUUGGAGAGCUUCAUUGGAACCUAUGAUUCAUAAAACUCCAUUCAAACAAACACCAAAGGUUGCGUUUAUGUUCUUGACAAUAGGUCCUGUUUUGUUGGCUCCACUUUGGGAGAAAUUCUUCAAAGGAAAUGAAGGGUUAUAUUCUAUCUACAUACAUCCUAAUCCUUCUUUCAAUGAAAUGGUUUAUACUCAAAGCUCAGUGUUUCAUGAUCGAAGAAUCCCAAGCAAGGAGGUAAAGUGGGGUGAGAAUAGCAUGAUAGAGGCUGAGAAACGUCUACUAGCAAAUGCAUUGCUCGAUUUCUCAAACCAAUCAUUUGUGGAAGCUAAUGAUAUCCGAGGUGCACAAGGACGUGGAAGAUACAACUACCGAAUGAGGCCAUUGAUUGAACUUUCACAAUGGAGAAAAGGGUCUCAAUGGUUUCAAAUUGAUCGUUACCUUGCAGUUCAUAUAGUAUCCGACGAGACAUAUUUUUCUAAGUUUAAAAAAUACUGCAACCCUUCAUGUUAUAGUGAUGAACACUAUUUGCCAACAUUGAUUAGUAUCAAAUUUUGGGAGAGGAAUUCUAACAGAACUUUGACUUGGGUUGAUUGGUCAAAUGGUGGACGACAUCCAUCAAAAUUUAAUGGCAAAGAUGUGACUAAAGAUUUUUUGGAGAGGUUAAGGUUUGGUAGCAGUUGUGAGUACAAUGGAAGGACAACCAAUGUUUGCCAUUUGUUUGCAAGGAAAUUCAGUCCUGAUGCUUUGGAUAGUUUGCUCAGAUUUGCUAAAGAUUUAAUGCAAUUCAAUUGA